AUUAGGUGUUAGUAAAAGUUUAAUCUUCAGUGAGUGAAUUAAAAAAAAAAUUUAAUCAUGAAAAAUUUCGAUGUGGAUAAAGUGUGCGUUUAAAAACGUGGGUCACUAUUUAAUUCAACAUUCCGUGGAUUUGGUGUAGUUAGUAGCUACUUUUUGUGGAUACGUUUCUGGAUUUGCUAUCGUUACGAUAAUUGCUGUGGAUUUGGUUGUUAUAUAAUUCUGUGGAUAUACAUUAAUUGAUCACAACGUGUGGAUAUAGCUGUUAUAUAUAUAGUGCGUGAUAACCUGAAAAUACACGUGGAUACCCUUUUUGGAUAUAAUGUAGUCGCCUAUUCAAUGGAUGUGAUGUUCUUAUUAACUAAUGUGGCUGUGUUGUGACGACAUGAACUGGAUAAUGUGCCGAAGGGAGACUGGUCUAAUGUAGAACGUGACGUCAUACCGGAUUAAAAGCUAAACAGAAUCUCAGUCAACCUCUCUGCCUCACCAAAGAGUAAACCCUUCACAUCACACCAAAAGCUUAGAGUGUCUACAGCAACUCUACUUCACCACGACAAAGGCGUUUCCCUCCAUCACAUCAAAGAACCGCAAGACAAUAGGACCACACAAACUAAAGUGCCACAAGGGGACCCCAAGCGUCCCUGAGCACAGAAACCCCCGGCUCCCCAAACGGCAGUACCACCAGCACCCCAGAAGACAGGGCCCUUACACCCCGGAAGACAGGACCCCGGCACCCCUAGGACAACACCCCAACACUCCAGAAGAAAGCACCCCUACACCCCAGAAGACAAGACCCCUACACUCCAGAAGAAAGCACCCCUACACCCCAGAAGACAAAACCCCUACACCCCAGAAGACAGGACCCCUACACCCCCCAGAAGAAAGCACCCCUACACCCCAGAAGACAAGAUCCCUACACCCCAGAAGACCCCUACACCAGAGAGUAGAACCCCGGCACCCAGACGACAGGACCACGAUGUGUCCCCCCACGUACCGGCACCCUCGGAAUGGCUGAAUGUUUGGACCUUCUCGCAGUGCCCAGCCGGGUGACCUGGAUAUUUCUGAUACUGGCCGUCUGUACCAUGGCAACGGACAACCAUGAGCCUCUACUUCCGUCUGCCCCAGCCAAGGGCGCCCCGCCCGUCAAGAAGAGCCAGGGGGACCCCGACUUCUUCCCCGGGCUGUUUAACGGCAUGAUUUACACGCCCCCGGACAAGGACACCACCACCCGACUCCCGGAGUUCGUGCCGGACGGUCCACGCCCCUUCAUUCCAGACCCGAGUUUCAUGCCGGGCGAGACGGAGAUUGUCGUCCACAGUGGGGAGAGGGCGAUCCUCCCCUGUAUGGUGCAGCAUCUGGGGACUAGGCAGGUAACUUGGACAAAGACGGGCAUCGGUCAUUUCUUAAGUAUAGGCACGGACAUCUGGGCCCCCGACCCCAAUUUGAGGAUCAGCCAUUACUCCUGGCCGGCAGGGGUCAGCGCAUGGAACAUGGUCAUUAAUGAGGUCAAGAUGGCCGACGCUGGCGAGUAUCAGUGUGCCAUCAUCGCCACGGAGAAAAUGGUUUGGAAGGUCAACCUCACUGUUGUAG